AUGACCAUCCAAGAGACACACUCUCAUACCCAGCCUUUCCGCAGGGUCGACAAAAACGAGGGCGCAGCCAAUGAACAACCACCAGCAACGUAUAAUAUCCUUCACAUCGCCUGUCACCCUGACGUCUCCUCAGGCAACGACAUUAUCUUGUGGAGUGACAUCCUCGCUGCCUUCAAGGACGUUGUUCAUGUUCGCUAUGGAACUAUGAUCGUACCUUUCCUCAAAGGACUGGACUUCCAAAUCCUGAACCCGCUUUGCAUCGCUGCGGUCCCUGGAGCUACGUUGGAUGUUGUUGUCAGAGCUCAAUUGGACAAUGCCGAGAACAACUUGUCCCAGCUUGAAAUGUCGAGCAGGACGCCGUCAGAGGAAUUGUCGCUGGAGUCCCUUCAGGAAGCGUUGCCAACUGUUUCUCAGCAAAAUAAAAAGUCGACUUCAGUCCUUGUUCCCAACACCAUCGCCACUGUUGCCGCUUACAGAGACUUAAAUCAAACGACGGUCCGCGCCAAUCUCGGCGACAAGGACGCUCAGGUGGCUCUUGGAGACAUGUACAAGGAUGGCAAGGGAGUUCAGAAGGAUUACAAAGCAGCUAUGGAAUGGUACCUCCGAGCCGCCGAACAAGGGGAUGCCGUUGGUCUGCGCAAGGUCGGUGUUCUCUAUGAUUACGGAUACGGAGUCGCGCAGGAUUACUCUACUGCCCUGGCCUGGUAUCUCAAAUCUGCAGACCAAGGAAACGCCCAGGCCCAAUCCAACAUCGGUCAUUUCUACCGUUACGGCCAAGGUGUUCCUCUGGAUCAUUCGAAAGCGAUGGAGUGGUUCCUCAAGGCUGCCGAUCAAGGAAACCCCGGGGCACAGAACCACAUUGGCAAUUUGUAUAACGGCGGCCUGGGUGUACCACAGGAUUACUCUCUGGCAUACGACUGGUAUCUCAAGGCGGCCGAGCAAGACGAGCCCUACGCCCAGACCAACCUCGGCCAUACUUACCGUUACGGCGAGGGAGUGACGUUAGACCAUUCCAAGGCCAUGAGGUGGUAUGUCAAAGCGGCGGACCAAGACCACACAGACGCUCAAGUCGCCAUCGGUUUACUGUACUACCACGGCGAAGGAGUGAACAGGGACUAUUCCAAGGCAAUGGAAUGGUUUGUUAAGGCGGCCGAGCUAGGAGACCCCGAAGCCCAACAUAACAUUGGCUGUCUGUACCUUGGCGGUCCAGGCGUGGAUCAGGACUUUUCCAAGGCAAUGGAGUGGUACGUCAAGGCAGCCGAACAAGGAAAAGCAAAGGCGUGCUUCAACAUUGCUGAUCUGUAUCACUAUGGUCAAGGUGUGCCACGGGACUAUUCCAAAGCGAUGGAAUGGUACAUCAGAGCCGCAGAAAAAGGGAUGGUGGAGGCUUGGUGUAUAGUUGGGCAGAUGUAUGAGGACGGUGAUGGAGUGGAUCAGGACGUUUCUCAGGCGAUGGUUUGGUAUCGCAAGGCAGCCGAAAACGGGAGCGCAGACGGGCAAUACAUAGUCGGAGACUUUUACCAACGCGGUCAUGGUGUAGAUGUGGACAGCUCUCAGGCAUCGGUGUGGUUUGUGAAGGCUGCCAAGCAAGGGCACGAGGGAGCUCAAUGUGUCGUUGGCAGCUUGUAUGAGUACGGAAAUGGAGUACCCCACGACAUCAAUGCGGCAAAGGAGUGGUAUCUGAAGGCGGCCAAGCAAGGAAACCCGAGGGCACAGACACAUUUUAACUAUCUGGACCGACAUGGAUCCUAUUUCUAUUAA